AUGGACAUCCCAAAUGCAGUCAACAUAGCCAUCCUGGGCGGGUGCGAGAGUACAGUCACCUUCCUCCACACAUUCAACCACGAGCGAAUGUCUCGUCGAGCCCAUAACACAAUAAUACCUUCAACCCAAAGCUACCACCUCAGGCCAUGCACUCUCGACGAAGACGAAGUCAUGGUGGUAACGAGGGAAUUCGAAACCGAGCGUCUUGAAAACCCGCACCUCCUGCACUGUUUUGGUACAGGCACUGAGCCGCCUGAUGGGUUUAUCAUCGUCUAUGACCCGACUUGGUCGUUUUCGCUGGAUGAAGCCGAGGGACUUCUAGCGGCUGUUGUGGGUGCGACUUGGGGGCCAAGACUGGUAGAGUUGGAAAUCAUUCGUCGGCGGCUUGAGUCUUCACCUUCACCUUCACCUUCAUCGUCAGGUUCAGGGAGAUUGUGGAAGAGGUCUUCCAAGUUUAAAUACUUCCCGCGCCUCCCAUAUGACCUGCAGCUAGCAGUUCUACGGGCCUGUCUCGUUUCGCCAGAGGCUAUAAUCGACCAGAAACCGCAUUUAAACGGGAUUAACGUGAAUUUACUCCUGGUGAAUAAGUUUUGUUACAGGGAGGGCGGGAAAAUAUACAGAUCGGAGAACAGGUUUCUUCCUCUGCCGCCGAUAUGCUUAGUUGCGGAUUCAUCUACGGGUAUUUUGGGGUCUGGGGGAGACUCGGGCGAUCAUUUGGUGGACAAAGGAAGACAAUUAGCGGAGAAGUUCGGGGUUGGUUUUGUUACUAUAUCCUGUGAGAGCAAGACUAGUGUGGAUGGGGUUGUUAUGGGAAUUGUUAGGCGGUUUAUCGCGACAGGGGAAGGGAUCCUCAAGCACCGGCAGAGACCGAGAAGGUCUGUGAUCGAGACUGGCAGGACAGUAUUUGGAAGAAUCAUGAAAGGGUCCAUACCCUCCACAUGA